CGGAGGCUAAGGACAGCCAAUAAGAGAGGAGGAGGCCACAAUUGGCGGCCACGAGCGCCAAUGGGAGAUCGCCGUUACCGUGCGGGGUGCCGCCCCUUCUCUUCUCCCGCCUCCUUCCUCUUGGAGGAAGGCGGGGCCAGAGGACUGAAGUGUGGGGAGAAGUUGGGCUCUGCUCUGCUUUAUGAAAUAUGGGAGACGACAGACCGUUUGUGUGCAAUGCCCCGGGCUGUGGACAGAGAUUUACAAACGAGGACCACCUGGCAGUUCAUAAACACAAGCAUGAGAUGACCCUGAAAUUUGGCCCAGCUCGAACGGACUCGGUCAUCAUUGCAGAUCAAACGCCUACUCCAACUAGAUUCCUGAAGAACUGUGAAGAGGUGGGGCUCUUCAAUGAAUUAGCUAGCUCCUUUGAACAUGAAUUUAAGAAAGCUUCAGAUGAAGAUGAAAAGAAGGGUGCUGCUGGACCUCUUGACAUGUCUCUGCCAUCUACACCAGACAUCAAAGUCAAGGAGGAAGAGCCAGUGCAGGUGGACUCAUCGCCCCCUGAAAGUCCUGCCUCUAGCUCCCGCUCCCCACCUCUGAAGGAGAAGGAAGUUGCUGCAAAACCUGUUGUGAUCUCCACCCCUACACCCACCAUCGUCCGUCCUGGCUCCCUGCCCCUCCACUUAGGUUAUGAUCCGAUCCAUCCAACUCUUCCUUCCCCAACCUCUGUCAUCACACAGGCCCCACCAUCCAACAGGCAGAUGGGGUCUCCUACUGGCUCCCUCCCUCUCGUCAUGCAUCUUGCUAAUGGACAGACCAUGCCCGUGCUGCCAGGGCCUCCAGUACAGAUGCCUUCUGUCAUCUCGCUGGCCAGACCUGUGUCCAUGGUGCCCAACAUUCCUGGUAUACCGGGCCCCCCAGGUAACAGCAGUGGCUGCAUUUCUCCCUCUGGCCACCCCCUGCCUUCAGAAGCCAAGAUGAGACUGAAAGCCACUCUGACGCACCAAGUGUCUUCAAUCAAUGGAGGUUGUGGAAUGGUGGUGGGCACUGCCAGCACCAUGGUGACGGCCCGUCCAGAGCAGAACCAGAUCCUCAUCCAGCACCCUGAUGCCCCUUCCCCUGCCCAGCCACAGGUCUCUCCAGCCCAGCCCACCCCUAGCACUGGGGGACGGCGACGGCGAACAGUGGAUGAAGAUCCAGAUGAGCGUCGGCAACGGUUUUUAGAGCGAAACCGAGCUGCAGCCUCCCGGUGCCGCCAAAAGCGGAAGCUGUGGGUGUCCUCCCUGGAAAAGAAGGCAGAAGAGCUUACUUCUCAGAACAUUCAGCUGAGUAAUGAAGUCACAUUACUACGCAAUGAGGUGGCUCAGUUGAAACAGCUGCUGCUCGCUCAUAAGGACUGCCCAGUUACUGCACUACAGAAGAAGACCCAAGGCUACCUAGAAAGUCCCAAGGAAAGCUCAGAGCCCACCGGUUCUCCGGCCCCAGUGAUUCAGCACAGUUCGGCAACUGCCCCUAGCAAUGGCCUCAGUGUCCGAUCUGCAGCUGAAGCUGUGGCCACCUCAGUCCUCACUCAGAUGGCCAGCCAAAGGACAGAACUGAGCAUGCCCAUACAGUCACAUGUGAUCAUGACCCCACAGUCACAGUCUGCGGGCAGAUGAUGCCUCCCGUGACAGAGAGGUCCCCAGCCAGAGCUCGCCCGCCUGAGCCAUGAGAGCCUCCCGUCUGCCUUGGAACUGGCAUGUGGGGGAGGAGGAGAUUGUGUUUUGUGAGUACAGACAGACGUGGGGCUUUUCUCCUUAGCCACGUGAUCGUGUACGCUUGACACCUGUACUAGGGGCUUCUGGCCCCAAAGCCAUCUAGAUCAUCCCGUAAGGGUGGGGUUUUAUAUACCUACAGCCAAAGGCUUUUCCACAGGGUCCGGUCAGUCGUCCCUAGCCCGAUGCAUGUGCGCCUGCCUCUUAACACUAAGCCUGCACCUGUAGGUUUGGGUCGCUCAGUGUCCUCUCCUCCCAUUGAGCUGUGGCCGUUGCCUUCUCAUUUCUUGCCAGCAUGCCGCUUCCGGCCAGAUAGAGGGAGACUAGAUUCGAUAGCAUGUUACUUGCUGCCCCGUCCCCGGCCACCCCAUGUACUCAGGACUUUGUCUUCCCACAGCUGCUUAUUUAUCUCUCUCCCUCUUCCUAACCAGCAGUGAAGACAUUCACUUACUGAGAGUGUAACGCAUUUGCUGUGUGAAGUAGCAGUAUUUCCCACCCCAUCCGUGUGCUUCAUUCUUUACUCCUAUCUGCUACCAAAACAAACACAAACAAAAAAAAAAAAAAGCAAAACUCUGAGAGUUUGAA